AUGAGCUUUUUGCGUCUCUUCAUGCUCGCGCUAGCGGUGGCUUGCUUAUGCAAUGCUCACGGCAUUCCCACGAGCUCUAUCUCUUUGAAGAUUCCGACUGUGAUCUUGCAGCAGGUGAAUUUCGAGGCGUCGAUUGAGCUACCAGAGCUAAAGAAUGGCUCUGUGUAUCCAAGACAUUUAUGGUACAGGAUAGAGGACGAGGAGGGAGCAGUACUGACCAAUGGCAGCGUCAAAACGCUCGAUGGCGAGGGCAAUUACCAGUCGCAGCUGUCAAUUGCUAUCAAGCAGAUGCAGUUGACGUCGUACGGACAGCACAGUCUCACUACGACGGUAUGGGAGAAGCAGGAACAUAUAGCUGAUCCUGCUCCUGCACCUGAGCCUGAGCCUGUGAAGAUCCCUCAAUUGAAUGAGACGGACGCCAAGGCGUCGAUGAUCCGGCCUCCAACGAUUGUGUUCGACGAGAUGCUGCUAUUCCGAGCGGUGCACACAACUUUUGUGGCUGUAUCACCUGGAUGGAUUUCAUUGCUUCCACCGCUGGUGACUUUGCUCAUGUCAGCCGUGCUAGGCCAAGUCACAGUGUCGCUCCUAGCUGGUAUCUGGUGUGGUGCUAUCAUUGUUUCGAAUGGAAACCCAUUCGUUGCUUUUUUGCGUACAUUCGACCAGUAUUGGGUUAGUGCUUUCACGGUGAAUGAUCAUGCUGGUGUGCUGCUGUUCACGAUCAUACUCGGUGGAACCAUUGGUGUGGUCCAGAAGGGUGGAGGAGGUCACGGGUUGGCGCUGGUUGCCAAGACGUUUAUGACGUCGUCGCUGCGCAUGCAACUAUCAACUUGGCUGCUGUGUCUUGUCAUCUUCUUUGACGACUACUCAUGCAUCCUUAUUGUUGGAAGCUCGCUUCGUCAAGUACUGAGCCAGACGGGCGUUAGCCGUGAAAAGUUUGCGGCAAUCAUCCAUACUAUCGGCGUCUGCUUGCCAUCUAUGUCUCCAGUAAGCUCAUGGAUUGGUGUCGAAAUCGGCUAUGUGGCGGCACAGCUCCGCGACCUCAAGCUCGAUUGGGAUCCGUUCGUCACGUGCCUUUCGUGUUUGCAUUACCGAUUCUUUCCGAUUCUAUUCAUCGCUUUCAUUUUCAUCACGAUCAUUUGCGAGAAGGACUUCGGCCCAAUGGUACAGUUCGAGAAGGAUGCAGCAGCAUCCCCGAUUACUAAUAAUGGUUCCGCGACUCCAGUUUUCCCAGGACCAAUGGACAGCCCAAAGCCAGAACUUGCCCCGUUGGAACCUGAUAUAACUAAGCCACUUCGAUGGCAAAAUGCGGUGUUGCCAUUCCUGAGCAUCGUCGUGUUGACGUUUGUGGGCAUGGUUUUCGAUGGUUUCGACGUCCUGUAUACUAAGGAUCCCAAUGGUUCGUAUGGUAUUUUGGAUGCGUUGAGUCACUGUGACUCAGUGUCCUCUCUGAUCCGCGCAUCUGCUGCUGGCUGGGUCAUUGCUGUUACGUUAUUGCUAAUGCAGCAUAUUAUCACGCUGAACGAAGCCACAAAGGCUUGGAUGGAAGGAGUUAAGGAUAUUCUUGACCCUACCUUGAUUCUCACCCUUGCGUGGGCUCUUGGCUCGAUCAUUGCUGAAGUGAACACAGCUCCGUACAUUGCUUCAGUGGUCGAAGACUCAAUUCCAAAGCAAUUCCUUCCAGCGAUCGCAUGUCUUCUGUGCUAUAUCGUGUCGUUUGCUGUGGGCAGUGCAUUUGGGACGAUGGCUAUCAUGUUUCCGAUCAUUGCACCGCUUUCGUGGUCUAUCAGCGGUGGAGACGCUGAUAACUUGCGUCAAUGCUUUGGCAGUAUUCUGGGUGGCUCCGUGUUCGGUAACACUUGUUCGCCCAUCGCUGAUACGUCAAUCUUGGCGUCUCUCUCGGCACAUGUGCCUCUGGAGAACCACAUUCGCAGUAUUCUCCCGUACGCUGUUCUGGUUGCAGUGGUGUCUGUCGCUGGUGGAUCUCUACCGAUUGGUCUGAAGAUUUGUAGUACAUUCACGGCAUUUGGUAUUUGCCUUGCUGUGCUAUUGCUCGUCGUGUUCUUCUUUGGUACUCGUGUUAACACACGUUACCGAUCGCUGUCUUCGUGCAGCUUCUCAAGCUUAUCACCACCAUCGAGACACGACGGGGAGAAUCAACAUUUGCUAUCGGUCUAA